AUGGGUGAUGGAUUCCGUCUGCCAAAUGGAAACUCUUCAACCAUUUCCAAUACCGUUGAGAUAGAUGAUGAAGUUGAUUAUAUGUCUGAUGCUAUUUUAAAAGAAAUAGAAGAUGUGAAACCUGGAUUACUUCUGUCACGCGAUACACAGCGAAAACGUGUAGUGGAGCAGAAUCGACGGAAAAACAAAUGUCUUUCGAAAUCGGAAAGAGAAAUGCAUAAUUUGAAGGAGGGCCUGAAAAAGAAAGUUGGGCCAGAGAAUAAGGGAUUCAGUUUAUUGUCAAAAAUGGGCUACAUUCCCGGAAAAGGCUUGGGAAAAAACGCCACUGGCAUAGCCGAUCCUGUUUCCAUCGAGAUUCCUCAGGGUCGGGAGGGUCUUGGUUUCACAACUGAAAAGAAUGAACGCAUAAUGUUUAGAGAAACUCUUAGAGAGCAGCUACAGAUUGCAUGCAAAAAUGGAUUUCGAGACAUCAUGGCUAUUAGAUUUCGACAAAAUCGUUUGAACCGACAAUUUCAUGCUGCUCGUCGAAUUUGUCGAGAUCUGGAUAUGAAGGAAUCAAUUGAAAUUCCAGUUGAUGAAUCAUUUUGGCCUCCCGCAGAUCCUGUCCCAACUGAUAUCGUACAGGAUCCUAAACAUGUGAUGGUUGAUUGUUCAUACAAUUGUAAAUCUUCAAAGGACAGGGUUCCAACACCCAGUAUAGUGUCUCAAGAUGAUUUUAACGAGGAAUUUCAGGAUAAUGAUUUGGUCAAAUUUGACCCAACUCAUGCGAACUGUGAUUAUAAAUCCAUUCAAAGAAGUUUUAUGCUGCUUUUGGGUUACCUACGAAGCCGACAUUAUUACUGUUUCUGGUGCAGCUUGCAGUACACGAAUCAGUCUGAGCUUCUAAACCAGUGCCCUGGAGAGGAAGAAGAUGACCAUGACUAA